ACUUUGGGAAGCCAAUUGCCGAAGCUUUCGUCGGCAAAAGAAACUUGCGACUGCAACUUGUCAUUUCGCUAACAUCGAGCCUGUCGCAAUUUAAGGUGGUGUCAUCGGUGAAGGUAGCUUUUGAGUACAAUACCAUGUACUAGGUCAUUGUACAUCAUAAUCAGUGAUAAAACAAAAAUUAUACGUCUAUUUGCGCAAUGUUGCGUUCGAUUGGGAUAAUUGCCGUGAGGCACUGCCCGGUUAAAAAAUCAAGGGCGUUACACACAACCAAGCUCAAUCCAGUUGACAUUUCAGUCAGUGUGCAGGAUCCAGAAAAAGUGCAAGCCGCCCCUCCCAGUCUUGGACGAGCUCUGUACUUGGAUGCUCAAGCUACGACUCCUAUGGACCCCAGAGUCCUUGACAAAAUGAUGCCUUAUUUGACAAGCUAUCAAGGCAAUCCUCAUUCAAGAACUCACAUGUACGGUUGGGAAUCAGAAGCUGCCGUGGAUCAUGCUAGGCAGCAAAUCGCAGACUUGAUAGGAGCCAAUCCUAAGGAAAUUAUUUUUACUUCUGGUGCAACUGAAUGCAACAAUAUAGCUAUCAAAGGUGUAGCCAAAUUCUAUAAAGACAAGAAAAAGCACAUUAUUACAACACAAACAGAGCACAAAUGUGUACUAGAUUCUUGUAGAUACUUACAAGGAGAAGAUUUCAAAGUUACCUAUCUACCAGUUAUGUCUAAUGGCCUUAUUAAUUUAGAAGAGCUUGAAGCUGCUAUGACUCCAGAAACAUCAAUAGUUUCAGUAAUGACAGUCAAUAAUGAAAUAGGAGUUCGGCAACCAAUUGAAGAAAUAGGUCGCUUAUGCAGAGAAAAGAAAAUUUUUUUCCACACAGAUGCUGCUCAGGCUAUUGGUAAAAUUCCAAUUGAUGUCAAUAAAAUGAAUAUAGACUUGAUGUCUAUAAGUGGUCAUAAAAUUUAUGGACCUAAAGGUGUAGGAGCACUUUAUGUAAGAAGGAGGCCAAGAGUUCGAUUAGAACCUUUGCAAAGUGGAGGUGGUCAAGAAAGAGGAAUGAGAAGUGGUACCAUACCUGCUCCAUUAGCAAUUGGCCUUGGGGCCGCUUGUGAAAUAGCUAAUAAUGAAAUGGCAUAUGAUCAUGAAUAUAUUACAAAACUCAGUAAUCGCCUUAUCGAUGGAAUAACAAGUCAAUUAACUCACGUCAUUCGCAAUGGUGAUCCUACUUAUUGGUAUCCUGGAUGCGUAAAUCUUUCAUUUGCAUAUGUAGAAGGAGAAUCAUUACUUAUGGCUUUGAAGGAUAUUGCUCUUAGCAGUGGUUCAGCUUGUACAAGUGCUAGCUUAGAACCAAGCUAUGUUUUAAGAGCAAUUGGAGCAUCGGAAGACUUGGCACAUUCUAGUAUCAGGUUUGGAAUUGGCAGGUUUUCAACGCUGGAAGAAAUUGAAUAUACAGUUGUUAAUACUGUCAGGCAUGUAAAUCGGUUGAGAGAAAUGAGUCCACUGUGGGAAAUGGUUCAAGAUGGAAUUGAUUUAAAAACAAUCAAAUGGUCGCAGCACUGAAUUUUAAGAUUGCGCUUGCUAAUAUACUUUUUUAAUUGUAUGUACAUAUCUCUCUGAUUCCAGGACUUUGUUUUUUUAUUAAAAGACUUUUUAAAUUGUAUAGUAGUUAAAUAUUGUUUAGUACUUAAAUAAAGCCUUAUCAAACAAA